GGGGGUGGUAUUUAAGCCCAGGCCGACUGGCAACCCCAGCAGCCUGUCCAGUGAGCCUCCAGCAUGGACGACAUCUACAAGGCUGCGGUAGAGCAGCUGACAGAAGAGCAGAAAAAUGAGUUCAAGGCGGCCUUCGACAUCUUCGUGCUGGGUGCUGAGGAUGGCUGCAUCAGCACCAAAGAGCUGGGCAAGGUGAUGCGGAUGCUGGGCCAGAACCCCACGCCGGAGGAGCUGCAGGAGAUGAUCGACGAGGUGGAUGAGGACGGCAGCGGCACAGUGGACUUUGAUGAGUUCCUGGUCAUGAUGGUUCGCUGCAUGAAGGACGACAGCAAGGGCAAGUCGGAGGAGGAGCUGUCUGACCUCUUCCGCAUGUUUGACAAGAACUCGGAUGGCUACAUUGACCUGGAGGAGCUGAAGAUGAUGCUUCAGGCCACCGGCGAGACCAUCACCGAGGACGACAUCGAGGAGCUCAUGAAGGACGGCGACAAGAACAACGAUGGCCGCAUUGACUAUGAUGAGUUCCUGGAGUUCAUGAAGGGGGUGGAGUAGACCCCUCGAGGCCCGCCUCUGCCCCCCUCCUCACGCCAGCCAGCCCGGAACCUGAGCCUGGAUGUGUCGCUGCCCAGGGGAUCCGGGACCCACGCCCCAGCCCUGUCCUGGGGAAGCAAAUAAA